AUGCCUUCAAUCAGGAAGAUGCGCGCAUCCCUGGACCUGAGAGUCGAGUUCUUUGAGUGGGGCCUUGACCCUGCUCCGCGGUCAACCAUUGAGAAAGCCCCGCACUGGCACGCAGUCGGCGUCGCCGUAUCCCCCUCAGAGAGCCUACCCAUGCCGCCGGCCGCCGCAAAGCACCUGCGCCUACUAGAGAGCACCCUGGACGAAUGUACCCGCGCGUGGGCCGCCAGGUGCGAAGCGGAGAUCCUCGCGAUGGAGUUGCAGGUGAAGGUGCGAGAGCAGCAGCUCGAGGCGCAUUUCGCUGCGCUCGAGGACGCAGAGCGGAUCGCGGAGCUGGUGGAGCUGGUGGGGAGGCAGGCGGACGAGCUCAGGCUGCUCCGGCCUGGGGAUCUCAGGCUAAUUAGGCGGCAGAACAGGCUCAGGGAGGAGCUGGCGGAGGCCCGGACGGAGUAUGUUAGCUGCCACUCCGAGGUUUCGCAUGAGCCUGGCCCCCGCUGCAUGGCACGUCUGCGGUUCCACUCAGCACUUCGCGCCGCGAGUGGGUGAAGAGCGAAGCUUUCACUUACGUCGCGAUGAUUGGACUAGUCUUCUGGCGUAUUUCCUGUAUUUUCCCUUCUGUUCUUAUUGCAUCCCUUAUCUACC